CAACUGCAUUCUUACAAAUUCUGUCAAAAAUUUCUGACAAAACACAGUCACUCAUCCAAAAUGUCUGGAAACUUCCGGAAAAUAAAAUCAGUGAUAAUAGAGACUUCCGACCUACCAAAAUUAGACAAAACAUCCCUCAAUGUCCGAUCACGUCUGUUAUCAAGAGUACCUGGUAUCGAAGCAGUCGACGUCAAACGCAGCACAAAAAUCUCCCUAUACUUCGAUACAUUAAUUCGUCGAACACAGACUCUCCAACUUCCCUUGUACAUCCCAGAACCAAGUCGCUUAGACUUUCUACGAAAGAAAAAAUUCAAAUACAACAAACGUAUAACCUACGUCGAAGACAUCGAACACCCUACAGUCUUCCAACGAAAAUGUGCAUUCACAUCAGACCCAUUCUGGUACAUCUUCAUGCGAGGAAUAAUCGUCCUCAUCAUUUUAUUCAUGGCAAUAUCACCGAUUAACUUCUUCAGUUCAAACCUAUUGGGUUGCAUAAACCUAUCUUUACAUAUAACUUACGUGAUUGACUUUGUGAUGAGUUUUCUUAUGCAACACCUCGUACAAACGCGUGUCAUAGUCCCUAACCCAGUCGCAAAACCCGUCUGGGUAUUCAUAAUCGACUUCAUCGCUAUAUUCCCGGUUACUUACAUUAUGUCAACGCCUGAUAACACCGCAUUGCAAGUAUUCAUCCGGUGUAAAUCAUGUUUACUAAUCGUACGAUUAUUUUAUGAAUUUUUGUACGAUGGCCUCCGAUUGGAAGCACCUAUAAAAUGGCGCGUAAUAGAAUUAAUAGUUCUCACAGUCUGCUUGAGAAUAUCAAGCUCCCUGUUAGUUUUCACCAUAAACGGCAUAGACACCUCCAAUCCUGACCAAGUAGACUGGAUGGAAUUCAAAAACACUUUGUGCAAAACCCCUGAGACAUUCAGUGUCAUCCAGAUGGAGCUACCAAUCAUCUGCACAACAUUCCUAUUGAAUCAAUGGUUAUACAUACCGGCAAUAUGUUUAAUCAUGUUUACAUACAUAUUAAACAACACAGCGAAAUAUUCCUACAUGUCACAUGUGAAAUCUUUCCAAACAAUGAUUUCCUCACGGUAUGGCAUCUCCAGAGAAAACGCAACUCAAGUCUUAGAAUAUUUAAAAAUGACAUGGGAUACACGCGCGGAUUUCAUGUUCAUGGAAGCUGCAGUUGCUGAUAAUAUAUAUUGCAAUACCACAUUUAUAGCCAUGCAUUACGAUCGUAAUCUAUACGCAUUACAACAUUGUCCGAUGUUACGAGAUCUAGGAUAUCACGUGUUACGAUUUUUGGCACAGAUGAUAACCCCAAAAAUGUAUCUCAAAGGUGUAGAUCUCUAUAAAAGCACAGAAAGGAAAGUAUUCAUGAUUUACAUCGCUUCCGGUGAAGUUCAUCUUUUAUCCAGUGAAGAUGGAUCAACACCUAUACUAAAACUUACAGCUGGGAGCUGUGUGGGUGCAAUGGUCCUCAUACAUCCUUAUAAAUCCAACUCUAAUUUCCGCACGGGGUCAAACUGUGAAAUUUAUGAAUUACAAACAAAAGAUUUUUGUGACCUGGCAAGAUAUUUCCCCAAAGAAUACCGACUGUGUUGUAAUUAUGUCCAGACAAAAAUUGAUCAAGCGUUUGUCCUGAAAACAAUCAAACAGGAAGUGGAACCUAGAUCUGUCGAGAAGACAAUGAUCUGGAGCAAACGUGAACUUCACAGUGGUAUUGGAAGAGGAUGAUGACAUUAUUGAGAAUUAUCUGUAUUUAUUACAACCGGAAGAUUGUUUCUGCUUCCUGUUGGGUUUGAAUCAUGAGAAGCAAGCGAGGAAUACGUAUACAUGUCGUAUACAAUCCACCAUUUUGGAAUUGGAGUAUGAAUCCUGG